AUGUUCGCCUUCAUCUUUGGCUUUGCAACCAUCCGCGCAGAAGAGAUACCAGAGGGCGUCAUGCCGAAGAGACAGGUCGCCGGCACGGGCGGCGUUGUAUCCAGCACAACGGAUCCGACACCUGAUCCCACGCCUUCGAGCACCAUUGCCGAUGACCCAACACCAUCCACCACCGCCGACGACCCCGACCCGACUACCAGCAACACACCCGACCCUGAUCCAACCACCAGCGACACCGUCGUUGCACCCGGGCCUAGCACAACGUCCGACAGUAACAACAACGACAACGACAACAACAACACCGACAACAACACCACCGACAACGACAACAACACCGACAACAACGACGGCACCACAACCCAACAAACUCAAAACACCCAAAACACUCAAAACACUCAAAACACCCAAAAUACCCAAAAUACCCAAGACGCGCCCUCGAGCACGACCAUUCCCACAACCAUCGCCGUCACCACAACCAACGAAGACGGCUCAACCGUAACCUCCCGCAUCUCUACCAACACCAUCGCCGCCGCCACCACCACGCGUAACACCGCCCAAGCUACCACCGCCCGCACCUCCACCAACAGCAACGGCGACAGCAUCGUCAAAGUCGGCACCAAAACCAUCAACCCCUCCACCCUCGACCACAAAACCACCGUCCGCCAGCCCCUCGUCGCGCAGGAGACGCGCCACUCCACCUUCACCUCCAUCUGGACCAACGCCAACGGCGUCGUCCGCAGCUCCACCAUCACCAGCAACGUGAUCUUCCAGAGCACCACCGGCUACGCCACCGCGACCAUCGCGCCCGGCCUCGCCAACGGCGGUGGGAGCGGCGACAACCUAUCCACGAACGCGAAGAAGAUCAUCGGCGGUGUCGUAGGCGGGAUCGGCGGCGCCAUCCUCAUCGGCGGUCUCGCGUUCGUCGCGUGGCGGCUGUGGGGCAAGAAGAAGGCGGCUGCGGAGGGGCAAGAGGAAUAUUACGACGGGAGCCAGACGGAUAGUGUGGCCGGGCAGAAGCGGGAGAGCAUGGGCGUGCUGUCGAACAGUGGGGCGAGCGAGAGCGGGAACGGGCUGGAGAGGUAUCAGAAUCCGAAUGGGAGGAUUAAUACUGCUAGUAACUUUUAA